ACCGUCGUUUCAAUAUCUCAUCCCAAAACCUGCUAUCCAAAAUGUAUCCGGUCCGAUGAACCCUCAACUCGAACGAAAUUUGUCAGGGUGGCUCCAAAAUUUCCAGUUGAUUAACAUAUGCUGAAGUGAUUUCCUUUCUAUUCUCAAGCUAUUCCAUUCUAUUUCUAUCCCUAUUUUUGAAAAGCCAAACCCCUAAUUACCUCCCUUCAAGAAGAUGGCAGCAGCAGCAGCUAGGUUAAUUUCAAGGCUUCCGGAAGAGAUCCAAGCAGAAAUCUUUUUAAAAUUACCAGUGAAAUCAAUAUUGUCCUGUAAGUGUGUAUGCAAACUCUGGUUUAAUCUAAUUUCGAGCCCUAAGUUUAUCAAUGAUCAUCUUAAUCUCAGUAUUCAGAAUAAGAACAAUCAUAAGCUCAUGUUUGUUGAUAAGGAAUCGGUUACUGGUAAGCCUUUGAUGUACUCAAUAGAUUAUGCUUCAAUUACAUCAACACCAGAUUUAUCAUGUGAGUAUUUAGGUGAAAAAGCUGUUCUCAUGGAUUACCCAUUUGAAUACAAAAAAGGUAUGAAAAUUAGUAUUUUAGGUGCCCGUAAUGGUCUCAUCUGCUUUGGUAUCUCAGUUGAUACAAAGACUAGCAUUUGUACUUGGAACCCAACAACUAGAGAAUACAGGAAAAUUCACCAUUCUAAUUUUCACAACGACCCCAAGGUUUACUGUGACGCUGGGUUUGGUUACGACAGCAAAACUGGAGAUUACAAGAUGGUGACUAUUGCAGAUUCUAAAACGUCUGAUUACUGUGAAGUUGAAGUAUAUACAUUUGGAUUGCAUUUGUCAAAAACUAUUCAUACCUUUCCUCACAAGUAUCCGAUUUAUGUAUCAUCUCACGUUGUUUUUCUCAAUGGAGCUCUUCAUUGGAUAAGCUGUAAUAUGUCCAAGCAGGAUAUCUACCAUGGUAUAUUAACUUUUGAUAUCAGUAAUGAGAAACUCAUGUAUGUGCCGUUGCCAGAAAAAUGUAUAUUACAUCCAGAAGAUAGCAAGACGGGAUUGUAUAAGGCAAUGGGAGUAUUGGGAGACUGCCUUAGUUUAGUUUUAGUCGACGCUAAGACGGUGGAAGUAUGGGUAAUGCAGGAUUAUGGAGUGAGAGAAUCUUGGACUAAACGAUUCACCACUACUACUCAAGAACCAAUCAUCCAAUAUCCUUAUUGGACGCCGAUGCUGUCACUUAAAACUGGUGACAUUCUGAUGUAUAGUUAUGACGGUUUUGCUUUAUGCGACCCAAAGAAGGAAAGAAUUGGAAAGGUGAGUGGAUUUUUCCAAGAAAACAUUUGUAUUGUUCGUGUUCUUACUAUGAUCACAAGUCAUCCUCAGAGUUAUGUCGAGAGCCUGGUUUCGCUCAACUCGGGUACCUAUGUGAAGAAGCCCAGAGGACAAAAAUCGAGAUUGUUCGACUUUCUUUAAUCCAAUGCUGGUAUCUUUUACCAUUAGGUGUUGAAUAAAAUGUUCUGUUGGUGCUCGGGGAUAUUGUGCACGCAGUGAAGGUGGUGGUGGUUAUUGUGGCGUGGUUAUGGUGGUGAUGAUUCUGAUGGAAAUGGGCGGAACUAGUUACAACUUAGAAUGAUGGUCUGACAUUAUGAGUUUUUGUUGUUAUGGUUACUUUGUGUUGAAUUCUCUCUGAUUCUUAGAUUUUUCUCUCUUUGGUCCCUGGUUCUACUCAAGUCUUUGGGUUUUUACUUCAAAUAUCACAAUGUGAAAAAAUGGGGCACUGCUAGCAGUUGAGUUGCAUUCAGAGAAAACUUCAGAUUCUUAUGUCAGUUUCAACAUGGAUCUUUGUGUAUUAAAAAUCAUCAGAUGUUUUUGUCGUUUCAUUUUCAUUGGGGUUUUACUGUUUAUGCUGAUAUGCAUUGUAGUGUGGCCUUAUAUUCGUGCGCUGAAAUCAUAGACUGGCCCUUAACCGUCACAGGCUAUGUAUGGCGAGUUCCUGCCACUUUACGAAAAACAUUGGGUCUUGUUAUAUAUGGAAGUAGUGAGAAUUGUGUGCCAAGAAAA